GAGAAAUUGAGACAUAGCCAAAACUUGACUCCAAAUUUAUACACAAACGUACAAACAAUCAAAAUCGAUGUAUAUAAUUAUUACGAAUAGCAUUAUAAAAUAAACAUAAUAUAUAAUUACGAAAUUUGGAAAAGUUGGUGCAUUUAUAUAAAGGGACAAUUUACAUACAUUUAUCAACUCACAAAAAGCUUCAGUACGUGACUCAGCCACACGGGCCAUGGCGGUCGCACCGAGAGACAUAGACGAUCUGCCCCGGAAUCCGGCCAACUACACACCCCUGACGCCGCUCUGGUUCCUGGAUCGGGCGGCGCUUGUUCACCCGACCCGAAUUUCUCUGAUCCAUGGCUCCGUCAAAUUCACGUGGGGGGAAACUUACCGGCGGUGCCGCCAGCUGGCAUCGGCCCUCACGAAGCUCUCCAUCACUUCCGCCAGCACUGUAGCAGUAAUUGCGCCAAAUGUCCCAGCCCUGUUCGAAGCUCAUUUCGGGAUUCCCAUGUCCGGUGCCGUUGUAAACGCCAUCAACAUCCGUCUGAAUGCCCAAACAGUCGCAUUUCUCUUGGGACAUUCACAUUCAAACGUUAUAAUGGUCGAUCAAGAAUACUAUUCCCUAGCAGAGGAGGCUCUGAAAAUCACAGCGGACCAAAGCAGAGGCGAAUUCAAGCCCCCGACUCUAAUCGUCAUCGGAGAUGAAAACUGCGACAAAAAAUCCCUCCAACACGCGCUCUCUGGAGGAGCAAUCGAGUACGAGAAGUUUCUAGAAACCGGAGACCCGGAAUUCAAGUGGAAACCUCCCGAGGACGAGUGGUAUAGCAUUGCUUUGGGUUACACCUCGGGCACGACAUCGAGUCCCAAGGGCGUGGUCUUGCACCAUCGAGGGGCUUAUGUUAUGGCAAUUAGUAAUGCUAUCGUGUGGGGGAUUACGGAAGGAGCUGUUUACUUGUGGACUUUGCCUAUGUUUCAUUGCAACGGUUGGUGUUUCCCUUGGACUCUUGCUGCCCUUUGUGCUACCAGCAUUUGCCUCAGACAGGUCACACCAAAGGCCGUCUACUCAGCCAUAGCUACCCUCGGCGUGACCCACUUCUGCGCGGCCCCCGUCGUCCUCAACAGCAUCGUGAACGCGCCGAAAGACGAAACAACCCUCCCCCUCCCGCGCCCUGUCCACGUCAUGACCGCCGGCGCGGCCCCACCCCCUUCCGUCAUCCUCGAGAUGUCGAGACGCGGCUUCAAAGUCACCCACACAUACGGCCUCUCCGAGACCUACGGCCCGUCCACCAUAUGCGCGUGGAAGCCCGAGUGGGACAAUCUACCCCCCGAGGCCCGGGCCCGCAUGGCCGCACGUCAGGGUGUCCGCUACGUGGGCCUCGAGGGCCUCGACGUCGUGGAAGCCCAAACAAUGAGGCCCGUUCCACCCGACGGGAAGUCGACGGGAGAAAUCGUGUUCCGAGGCAACGUCGUCAUGAAAGGGUAUUUGAAAAACCCGAAAGCGAACGAGGAGGCUUUUGCCGGGGGUUGGUACCACUCGGGAGAUAUAGCCGUGAAGCAUUCGGACGGUUAUAUCGAAAUCAAGGACCGGUCGAAGGACGUGAUUAUCUCGGGAGGCGAGAACAUUAGUAGCGUCGAGGUGGAGAAUGUUCUCUACCAACACGAAGCGGUUCUCGAGGUGUCGGUCGUGGCCCGGCCCGACGAGCGGUGGGGCGAGUCGCCUUGCGCGUUCGUGACGUUGAAGCCGGGUGUGGAUGGUUCGGACGAGAAAGGGGUGGCGGAGAGUAUAACGAAGUUCGCGCGGGAGAGAAUGCCGGGCUAUUGGAUUCCCAAGUCGGUGGUGUUCGGGCCUCUGCCGAAAACGGCGACCGGGAAAAUACAGAAGCAUUUGUUGAGGGCCAAGGCCAAGGAGAUGGGGCCUGUGAAGAAGAGCAGGCUGUGAAAAAUGGUGAGGAUCGAUGAUGCUUGAAGGGAAGUAGAAUUUUUAUCUGGAUGUAAUAAGGCUAAUUGGUAAGCCAGACCUAAACUUUCAAUAUACUUUUAAAAAACAAUGUAAAAAACAUAUUUCACAGCAUAUAAUAAAUAUAAAUAUGUACGUUUGUUAAAAAUGUAGGAGGAAUGGAUUUUUCCAACGGUUAAACUAGUCAAACGAGAAGUUGUGAUGUUAAUAAAUUGUAGCUUUUGGGGGUAGAGGAUGCCUGUGGAAUAGAAUGUUUUGGUUACCCCUACGGCCCAACUGUGAAGUGCAACCUUUUUUAUAGUCAGUGUUAUGUCUUUUUUCAUAUUUAAUGGUAAUUGAUUUUACUAGAAAUAUCAAACCGUAAGGAUUUNUUCAGUCUUUUU